CUCGGCAUCAGUGCAGCUUGAAACUUCAGAGGACUGUUUCUAUCCUGUGAUCAAAAGCAAGGACCAUGGCGCUUACAGAAAAGUGUUCCUGCUGGAUGCUGGUUCUGAGUGCCUGUCUCAUUCUAACCAUCCGAGCGGAGUGUGGCAAAGAUUGUGCUUACUGUGUCUAUCGCCUACAGGGUAGCCAUGCAGAAAUCAACACUCUGACGUGCACGUUAGAAUGCGAAAGGAAGCUGCCGUCAACAAAAUCAUGGGAGGUUUGCAAAGAUAUCUUACAAGGAAAUAGGCCUGAAAUGUCAAAGGAAGAGGAAAAUGACCUAGUUGAAGGUGUCAACCAGGAAAAUAAUGACCACCAACUUGCAAAGAAGUACGGUGGCUUCAUGAAGCGCUACGGGGGGUUCAUGAAGAAGACGGCUGAACUCUACAAUGUUGAACCAGAUGACGAAAAUGACGGGAGCGAAAUUCUGAACAAGAGAUAUGGUGGUUUUAUGAAGAAAGACGUUAACGGCUCACCGGCAGACACCACUGGAAUGCUGACAGAGAUCCUAACUGCUGGCGACAGUGAGGUGGGGAGCAAUAGUGACCACGAUGGUGAGAUCACAAAAAGGUAUGGAGGAUUUAUGAGAAGCAUCAAGAGAAGUCUAGACCUCGAAGACGGAAUCAAGCAAUUGCAGAAAAGAUAUGGCGGAUUCAUGAGAAGAAUUGGUAAACCCAACUGGAAAGAAAACAACAAAAGAUACGACACUUUUUCAAAGCAGCCCGAAAACAAAGAUUCAAAGGAAAUUAAUUCCGAAGAGGUUGAAAAGAGAUAUGGAGGAUUUAUGGAUUCUUAAAAUGCAAAUCAAAAGACUCUCUUAUUAAUCAUACUUUAUGGUUCUACUGUCUUGCUUGCUAUGUACAGUUUUUUACUGUCUGGGUAAAGAAGAAUUACAAACAUAUCUUUCUACCCUCCCUAUGUGUCAGCAUUCGUUGAGUUAUUUCUUUAUAGUGGCGUCCCUUUUCUCAACAAUAGCAGCUGCUGAAAAGUACUUAAUUGCUAACUUGUGACUUAAAUACAGUUUAUAAUACAAUGCAAACUGGUAUGACUGUGUACAAGCUAACAGUCUACCUGUAAAUGAGCAAUGAGCCAUUGGCAAGAAAAGGGAUGCGGUAACUUAUAGAAAGUGAACAACUAUAGGGUGAAUUUACUGUAGUUCUUAAAGCUUGAACUGUAUUUAGUUAUAUGCUCUCUAUCUUUUUUUUCAUUUGAAUCAAACCUCUGUCUCCUAUUGCUUAGCUAUACAGAUUAUAAUAAAUUCAUUAUAAC